AUGGAGGAGACUCCUGUUGUGAUUGAUAACGGGUCGUACAGAGUCAAGUUUGGUCCAGCUAGUUUGGAAGCGCCGUACUGCGCAUUGAAUGCCAUUGCAAACGACAAAUACGAUGCAUCCUACUUAUCGAACCAAAUAAAGAGUAUCAAGGAUAUAUCCUCGGUGUCGAUAAAGAGACCACAUACCUUGGGCCAGCUGACAUCGUGGGAGAUGCAAACUCUCAUUUGGGAUUAUUGUCUUUAUAAUCCCGACGAAUUUAAUGGGUUUAAUAUUGGAGACACUAAGAGUAAACAUUUAAUUACAAGCGAAACGUGCAUGACUCUACCUGAACUCGGUAAAAACAUGGAUCAAGUCAUCUUUGAAGAAUAUGAGUUUGGAAGUUUGAUGAAGUCCCCCGUUGCUGGAUACAUGCCAUUUUUGAGAAACACUAAGGAUCAAAUUAUAAUUGGUGAAAGGGAUACAGAGCCAUUUGUUGAAACGCCGUCGACUGAAGAGUACAGAGAUUUCCAGCUGGUAGUAGAUUCUGGUUUCAAUUGUACUUGGAUAAUUCCAGUCAUUAAGGGGAUCCCAUAUUACAAAGCAGUAAAAAAGCUAGACAUAGGUGGUCGAUUUCUCAAUGGACUAUUGAAAGAAACGUUAUCAUUUAGACAUUAUAACGUUAUGGAUGAAACUAUUUUAGUCAACAAUAUAAAGGAAAAAUGUCUCUUCGUGAGUCCCGCAUCAUAUUUCGACAGUUUCAAGAACAAAGAUAUAACAUCAAGAGAAUAUGUACUACCAGACUUUCAAACUAGCUUCCUCGGGUACGUACGGCCUUCAAAUGAACAAGGCAAACCAUUGCCAGAGGAUUCACAGAGUAUCACUCUAAAGGAUGAACUUUUUGCCGUUCCAGAAACGUUUUUCCACCCUGAGAUUUCCCAAAUACUAAAACCUGGUCUGGUGGAGACCAUCUUAGAAAGCUUGUCGAUGAUCCCAGAGGUGAUUAGGCCACUAAUGGUAUCGAAUAUAAUGUGUAUCGGGGGAAAUUUCAAUCUACCUCAUUUCGCUUCGAGAGUAGCCAAAGAAUUACAAAGACAACUACCGACGGACUGGAAAUGUAGAAUAACCAUUUCAAAGGGGAACUCCGAACUCUCAGGAUGGAAAGCAAUGUCAUCCUUUGCAAGUACAGAUAUAUACAAGGCUACGAGGGUGACCAGAGAAGAAUACUACGAGCAUGGUAUUGAUUGGUGCACGAAGCAUAGAUUUGGAUAUCAAAAUUGGGUAUGA